UUUAAAAAUUACAUUUAACUAAAUUUUCCCUGCUAUAGUUUUGUAAUAUUCGAAGUGAGAUACCAGCAUCAACACAAAUUGUUUCAAGAAUCAUGGAGAUCUGUCCCUCUGAACCAUCUAAACCAACGCCGCAGCAAUCGAUUAUUGAAGCAAAAAAUAAACUUCGGCUGGGUCACGAUGAAUGUUGCAACUGCUGCUGCUGUUGUUUACCGCAAUCCACAUGUUAUAAAUAUGUCCAGCCGGAAGUACCAAAAUCUUUCGCACCUAUUCGCUAUUAUUGGAAAUCAAAUGUGCCGAUGGAUAAAGAUACAAUGUAUCGUCUCUCUUAUUGGGAAGGGCCUGGCACCAUCGUUGAACCCAUUCGUCCUGAAGAUAAUCUAACAUGCGGUGAAGCACCAAUGUCUGAUGAAACGACGCAUAAAAUGAGCUAUUUUGGCAACUGGUGCGUGAAAACAGAUCCUCCAAUAACACCCUGUGAUAGACAGUGGCUGGGUAGAGGCCCGAUGGAAGAUGUCACGACGCACAAACAUGAUUAUUCAUGGAAAAGUACGACGCGUCCUGAGAUCAUCAAGGCGGAAAAUAAUUUAUAUCCUCCAUGUGCUGCUUUAUCUGAUGAUACGACAUAUCGUUUGAGCUACUAUAACUCCUCCUGCUUGCUUCCGAUACAAUCUUAUGCGCCUGUUAGAAAAUAUGUUAAAUCGGAUACAUCGAUGGAAGGUUGUACAACAUAUAGACUUAGCUACUGGCCAAACGAGAUUCCUGUAAAAAAGGAGCAACCGUGGAGACAAAAGGGAGAGUAUCAUUGCCCAGUGACGCCGAUGGAUGGAUGCACAACCUACAAACUGAGUUAUUGGCCUCACUGUGGCGAGAAGCCAUCGGAACCUUUUAGUCAUGAUGAGAACGAAAACUUGCUGAACGCCGGCUGCUGCUUUGAUGACAACACCACGUACCGACUCAGUUAUUUCGGAUAUGGCGGUGACAAACCGCCGGAUCCCGUUCGUCAGCCUGACAAUAUGAUUUUCUCUCCGUGCCCACUCUCCCACGAUACCGUCAAUCGGUUGAGUUUUCUAGGCAACUGGUGCUUCAAACCGGAAACGUCUAUCACGCCGUGCGACACACAAUUGUUGGGCAGAGGACCGAUGCAAGAUGAGACUACGCAAAAGCACGAUUACACUCGGAAGCGUGUGAUGCCACCGACAGAGCUUCGACCCGAGAGCAAUCUCACUUUCUCGUCCUUGCCGCUGGAAUCCUGCACGACUCAUAGAUUGUCUUAUAUACCGAAUGAUCAUGAAUGCCUACUGCCUAUUAAAUCAUACGCGCCUAUACGUAAGUACCAGCCGUCCAACGUUGCGAUGGAAUCCGAGACUACGAUGCAAUUGAGUUAUCAGCCAGUGGAGCCAACGAAUCAGAUCGAGAAACCAUGGGCUGCGGCUGCGCCCUAUUAUUCACCUGUCAAUCCUAUGGAGGACAAUACGACGUACAAUCUAAGUUACAUCCCACCUGGAACACUCGUCCCCCUGCCUCCUUGUUCCGCUUCUUGCUCCUCUGUUAAUACCUACGGAAAUAUGUGAAUCGUCACUCGCACAGACUCAUGUGCAAUUGUUAGAACUAAAAACAUUUCCACAAGUACAGCAUUAGCAAUGAUUCUGGGAUUGGCAGUGGCGCAAGAUCAAAAUUAUCACGGACGCAACUAUCAGCAGGAUGAUGAACAACAACACCAAGCUGACAGCAGACGACCUACGAGCACCACGCCAAUCCCAAUCUUGCAUUGGAAUAAACAGCAGGAACACGAUGGAACUUAUAAGAUAGGUUACGAAACGGGCAACAAUAUCAUUGCUGAAGAAAGUGGCUACAUCAAGACUAUUGGCGAAGGUGAAGACCGGGCGGAGGCGAUCGUGCAACAAGGCACCUUCUCGUACACGAGUCCCGAGGGACAGCUGAUCACCAUUCACUAUACCGCCGACGAGACCGGCUUUCACGCGCAAGGCGAUCAUAUUCCCACGCCACCGCCCGUUAGUGAGGAGAUCCAGAAAGGCCUCGACCUCAUCUACGCGGGUAUUCGUCAGCAAGAGGAGGAAGAAGCUCGCGCAGCGGCCCAAAAAGCACAACAGCCUCUGAAUCAGCAAGUCGACAGGCGGGACGAAUAUAACAGAAAGUACCAAUAGUGAUGCUUCAUCGAUAUAUUGUAUUCGCAGCACCGUACCGUUAUUAAGAAAUAGCUAUUAAGUUGUUGAGUUACUUUAUCCCCUCGCGUCUCAAAUACACUCUCCAUUCUAUGUAUGUACAUUUGUAGUAAGAAACAUCGCUUUGGUAAGCUCGA